GCGGAAGCGUUCGGGUAGCAACGGCCGCAGUUGCUAACGGCGGCUGAGAGGAGAGCUGGGGCUGGCGGAGCUGUAAGCCAUGUCUGUUCCAGCUGAUGAAACUGUGGGGGACCUGCCUGUGAGAGAUGUAGGUCUAACUCUAGCUGGAAUCAAAGGAUUACAAGAACCAGCUACACAGAACGUGAGAGCUCGACAAGCUGUGUCACGAAUCAGUCGCGAGGAGCUGGAAGACCGAUUUCUUCGUUUACGUGAUGAGAACAUCUUACUCAAACAGCAUGCAAAUAAGCAAGAGGAGAAAAUUAAAAGAAUGGCCACCAAGUUAAUACGGCUUGUUAAUGACAAAAAAAAGUCUGAACAGGUUGGUGGCGGCCCCAAGCGGCUGGGUCAGGCGGUGGAGCUGGAAGAAAUGAUUGAGCAUUUGCAAGAGAGAGUUCGUGAGCUGGAGAAACAAAAGGAGAGCCUCCGCAGCAAACUCAUUUCAACUAAACAGCAGGUCCAGAUUCAAGGCCACAGGCCUUGUCCCUACAGAUAUGUUCAGUCUCGCAUUAACACUGGCCUCAGGAAAGGGAGUGAGGCUGCUGGCGUGCCAGAGCACACCAAGAAAGGAAUGAGAUUUCAGGAUUUAGAAGUGAGAUCACCUAACCUCAUGCAUGCAAAGUAUGGACAGAGUCUGCCUGAGGACCCAAGGCUUGAAAUAAGACAUUUGGAGACUGUGAUUGAGUCCCAAAGGGAACACAUUGAGGAACUAGAAGGUGCCAGAGAGGUACUUAUGAGUCAGCUAAGAAGGAAAGGAAAGGAGAUUGAAGAUUCCGACCUGCGGCUGAAAGAACAGAAGGAACACAUUGAGGAACUAGAACAUGCAAGAGAUACACUUAUGAGUCAGCUGAGAAAGAAAGGAAAGGAAAUUGAAGACUCUGUCCUACAGUUGAAAGAGCAAGAAACAACAAACCAAAGGCUGAACAUCCGGGACAAUGUGGAAAUGAUCAAGGUCCGUAAGCAGCUGGUUGAGAAAACCAAGGCUCUUUCAGCAAUGGAAGGAAAAUGUCUCCAGCUUCAAGAGAAUGAAAGGAACUUGAAGAUCAGCCAUGAUGCUCUAAUAGAAAAGGGUGAUGAACUGAAUCGACAGCUCAAAGAGGAGCAGUUAAAGUGCCUCCGACUUGAAAAGGAGUUGCAGUCGGUAACUGUUUCAAAGCGAAAGACAGAGGAGUUACAGGAAAGAAUAAAUUAUCUAGAAGAGGAGAAGGAACUCUUGAGGGAAAACUAUGAUAAGCUGCAUAACAGUGUCUUCAGUAUGACCCAUGAACAGCAUUGGAAAUUAAAGGAACAGCAACUGCAACUGCAAAUUACUAAAUUAGAGGCUGCUAUCAAAUCUGAUUUAGCAGACAAAAAUGAAAUCCUCGACCAGAUCAAAGUAGAAAGAGAACAAAAGGAAAAGCUGAUCCAAGAGAACAAAGAUCUGCAGUUGUGCUACCUGGAGCAUAAGCAACAACUAGAUGAACUGAAAAACCACAUGAAGAUUUUGACCAAGGAAGGUGAUAUUGAUGCGGCAGAACUCAGUGAGGCCCUCAUGCAUAUAAAGGUUCAAAAGCAGCAGAUGAACGGGGACCUUACGUUCUUGGAGAAAGUAAAGAAGGAUAAACUUAAAGAUUCAGAACAUGCCUUGCGGGAACUGCAGUUAACCCAUGUGGAAACAGUGCAGGAACUUGAAAAGACAAGGAAUAUGUUAAUUGUGCAGCACAAAAUUAACAGAGAUUACCAGACUGAAGUAGAAACAGUGACACAAAAGAUGGAAAAUCUACAGAAAGACUAUGAGUUAAAACUAGAAAAGUAUGUCCACCUUCUUGAUAUUAGAGCUGCACGCAUCAGAAAACUAGAAGCCCAACUAAGAGAUAUUGCCUAUGGUACAAAACCGUAUAAAUCCAGACCAGAAAUCAUGCCAAGUGAGCCAGUGGAUGAAUUUGAUGAAACUGUACAUUUAGGAAGAGGAGAGAACCUUUUUGAAAUCCAUAUCAGCAAAGUGAUCUUGUCUUCUGAAGCUAUGCAGCCUUUUGGUGACCGUGAACCUGCUACUUUUUGUACUUACGCAUUCUAUGACUUUGAGCUUCAGACAACCCCAGUAGCUUUCGGGCGCAACCCGUCCUAUGACUUCACUUCUCAGUACCUCGUGCAGGCUGACGACUGCUUCUUGCACUAUAUACAGCAAAACUCCAUCACACUUGAAGUUCAUCAUGCGUAUGGCACAGAGUAUGAAACAGUUGCUGUGUGUCAGCUGAAGUUCCAUGAAGUCUUGGAACGCAAUGGGAAGAUCUGCAGCACAGCAAAUUUAGUUGGAGUCAAAGGACACGCUCAAAGUUAUGGUACCUUAGAAUACUGGAUCAGGUUACGAGUUCCUAUGGAUCAAGCUAUUAUUCUCUACAAAGAGAGGUCAAAAGCUCUUGGGUAUAUAACAGCCAAUUUUAGGGAAAGUGAGCAACCAUCCCAGCAGCAGAUACUUAGAACUGCCCAAGUCAGCACUUCAACAGAUGGCAAUUUAAAUGUACUCCACAUUACAAUAAAAUGUUGUAACAAUCUACAAUCCCGAAAAAAACAUCUUCAGCCAAGUUCUUAUGUUGUCUACAAGUUCUUUGAUUUUGAAGACCAUGAUACUCUCAUCAUUCCUAGCAGCAACAACCCACAAAUAGAUGACCAUAUGUGUUUUCAAGUGCCAAUGAAUGCGGAUUUAGACCGAUACCUAAAAUCAGAAUCCUUAACCUUUUAUGUAUUUGAUGAUGGUGAAAUGGAAGAAGGUGUUUAUGUAGGGAAAGCCCGUGUGCCUCUUAUUUCUUUAGCACAUGACAGAUCUAUCUCAGGUACUUUUGAACUAACAGAUUCUGAAAGAUGUGCUGCUGGUACCAUAACAGUUGAAUUGAUGUGGAAGUUUGUUUACCUACCACCAAGUGGAUCAACAAUAGCUGCAGACUUGGAGAAUCACAUUCAAAAUGAGAAAACCAUGGCAACUAAAUUGCUAGCAGAAGAAAAACAGCAGACUCCAGCCCUGCCUGCUUCUGUUGUUUCAUCAGUGACUAAACCAACACCCAAACCAAGACAGCAUGCAGCUCUAGCACAGAAGAAAGUAUCUUUUCAGGAUCUUACUACAGAACAAUUGCCACAUGUGGUACAUGAGGUUAAACAAGAAAGUCUAACAGAAGAGAAGGUGAAGGAGACAGCUGAAGGAACUGAGCAGGAAAAAGACCUCUCACAUCUGUCAGAGGGAGAGUUGGCUGACCAAAACUCAGUUACCUCUGGAGAUGAGACAGAAAUAGCUGAAGAACUGGAACCAGAAGAGCAAGAUGAGAGACAAGAAAAUGAAGCCGUUGAAUCAGUAAUAACUGACAGCGAUGACUGUAUUGUUUCAAGUCCAAUAUCCAAGACUAUGAAACAGGCAACUGAAAAAAUCCGGAUUGAAAUUAUCUCGUUCAGUCUUACUGAGUCACGAAUUGUAUCAGAUGAAACAAUACAGCAGCUGUUUGUAGAAUGCAGAUUAUACAAUAUCCUUGCAGAGGAGACUCCACUGUCACUUCCAAAACCAACAAGUGGUCAGAGGAUUCACUACAACUAUAGCAAUGUGAUACAUGUGGACAAGGCAAAUAAUCGCACGAGAAGAGAGUAUCUCAAGUCUAUGCUUCUGAAGCCCAGUCUGCAUACUGACAGCCUACGAUUUACAGUGGUCACUGAUCCCCCAGAAGAUGAACAGGAUCUUGAAUGUGAAGAUAUUGGUUUUGCUUAUGUCAGUUUGAGAGAGAUAUUCCAGAAACAAAGAGAUAUCAUUGAGCAAGAUAUUGAUGUGUUCGAUGCACAGGAUGAUGGUGCAGUAAUUGGGAAGCUCAAAGUGACAGUGGAAGCGCUCCAUGCGCUGCGCUCUGUCUAUGAGGAGUGCAGGGAUGACCAUGAGGCAUGAAAGGGAAGUUUGCCUGCAGAAGUUCCUUCUCCCAGUGUAAAUAUAUGCUUGAUAGUGCUUCAAAGAUGAGAUCUUUGUGAUUCUUACAGUAUAUUUAAUGUAUAAUUUAUAUGAAAAAGACACUUGAUUUGUAGUUGUAAAGUUCUGUAUACUUUUCAGUCUGUUUGUUUUUAUAUUUCCCCCCUAAGGCUAAGAAUCUCUCCACAAUGGACAACAUAUUGUAAAUAAUUAAUGCCUACAUGAUUGAAUGGUGUGCUUUAUUUGCAUUUUCAAGAUUUUUUCCUACAUAAAUCAGUAAUAAAAAUGCAAGUAAAUUUUUUAAUUUUUAAUAAAAAAAACAUAAGCCUUAGAAAACUGAUUAAAAAUACUUUUAUGUUAUCCCUAAUCACCCCACUAAAUGGAAUGCCUGUGAUUAGCCUCAUUAAGAAUUUUAUACUGUGAAGAUUUUAUUAAAAGCAAUAUAUGAAAAUUA